GAGGAGAAACCAAUUCAUAUGCUGCCUCAUGAUUAAUUUUAAAGAAUGGGCAAAUCAAACAAACCUUUAUUACCAAGGAACAUGUACGGGUUUGAAUACCACCAUAGAUAUUCGCAAUUUUAACAUGACAGGCUGCAUAAUUCCAGGAUGGAGCCUUUGGUUCAACUCCUCAUGUUCUGUUACUUGUGGAGAUGGUGUGAUAGUGAAAACCAGAACAUGUGACAAUCCCCCACCGUCUGACGAUGGACUGAAAUGUGUUGGUUCCAGAACUGAAACAUCACUUUGCAACUUAGGAAAAUGUCCAGAAUCAUGCCGUCACUCAAACAAAGGAUCCAACAACAAAUCAGUAGACAAUUUGGACAAUAAAUCAGGAAAAAAACUGCAUAAAUUGAAAGCCAUGAACCAAAAAAGAAGGGACAAGUUUGAUUGGAAAAAAUAAAAACAAAGUGGAUCGAUUUCAUUCUUAUAUAAAACUGAGGGACAAUUCUAACAUGGUUUGAAUUUUAUCAUCAUCAUUGUAGGUAAAGUCAUUCUUUGCUUUCGUUUGAAAUUUUAACUUUCGAUAUCUUAGAUACAAUCUGUGUGGUUUACUUUCUCUCGAGUGCAAACUUACUUAGUCUUACUUGUAUGUUGUAAUCUUGAAUUCAGAUAUUAGGUUAGAUGAGUUUUAUUGGACCACCUAUUAUAGCAUUGCAUCUGUUUAUUAAUAAUAUGUAUGACAUGAAAUUUGUAAAAGUGUGUGAGAAUAAACGUUUUGUUAUAUCGUUUGAGGGUGUUUUGUGGGAUAUACAUUAGCUACAUGUUACAUUUUUUUGGUGAUAUUUUGUGGGAAUAUUCAUUGGUAUUUUCAACUUGUAUUUGAAUAAUUGAUAUAUGUGAUUUUUUUCUCAAUAAAUGCGGGUAUAAAUUUAAUAGUACAUGUUUUCAUCUUUUUUUUUUCCAUAUAAAUAUCAAAUGAUCAAGGCAAAUGAUUCAUAAUACCAUAUACAUAUAAUUCACAACCAGGAGGUAAACUUGAAUUCAGUUAUUAGGUUAGAUGAGUUUUAUUGGACCACCUAUUAUAGCAUUGCAUCUGUUUAUUAAUAAUAUGUAUGACAUUAAAUUUGUAAAAGUGUGUGAGAAUAAACGUUUUGUUAUAUCGUUUGAUGAUAUUUUGUGGGAUAUACAAUAGCUACAUGUUACAUGUUUUUGGAAAUAUUUUGUGGGAAUAUUCAUUGGUAUUUUCAACUUGUAUUUGAAUAAUUGAUAUAUGUGAUUUUUUUCUCAAUAAAUGCGGGUAUAAAUUUAA